AUGACCCCGGGCGUCGUACCUCGAAACCUUGCCUUCGUGGAAGUGCGACAGAGGGCAGGCGCUGCCACGUGGUACGAAGCCAUCUUGCGAGACUUGCAACUGGACAAGGUUUGGGUGGCCUUCGACCGGGGUAUUUGGCCCAGUCGCGAGCUCUCCUGCCAACAUGUCCGGGCCAGGGUCUUUCCCGUCGACUCGCCUCCGCAGCUCAUUGCCGGGGCCGAGGUCGAAGUGCGAUUUCCGGCAACAGAGGAUGGCCCAGCACACUGGUCUGCAGGCUCCAUCUCGCACAAUGCUUGCGAGCAGGAGGGCCGGAUUUUCGUGAUCGUGGAGGGUCGGGAGGUGGCCGUGGCUUUGGACGCUGUACGGGCACCCAGCCAGCAGGUGCCGCUGAACCCCCUGGCCUUCACGAGGGCUGCCGUGCCUGUUGGUAAGGAACUACACGGCUGGCUGAGCCUACCAGAUGCAAGAGGAUGCCUGGAGCAGGUGCGAUCUACGACAGGUCUGCAUUUGGCCACUCCAGGAGUAGAGCAUCCUCGCGGCGGAAAUGGAGUCGUGGUGCAGGAGCUGGACGCCGUCAUUCUAAUCGGCGGAGAAGCCGCCAUCGCCAGAGCUUCCAUGGUGUUGAAGAUCCACCUCAUGCACCAGGCUGAGGUGGAGGCCUUCCAUCGACGACGUGCAAAGAAGCUGGCGCAGUUGAAGGAGCUCGAAGCGAAAGGUCUAGGUGAAGACGCCCGCCUGUCCUUUGAGGUGGAUGCGGAUCUUAUCGGCCGCACCUGUGGAAAGGGUGGGGAGCGUGUGAAGAAGGUGGAAAAGGAGUUCAACGUCGAGGUUCGGAUUCAAGAGACCCCUCAGGAUGCCGAUCCGUCAGAACCGCGGAAGAUCCUGAUCUAUUGCGACAGCGACGCCGAUGCAGAGGGUGCUCGGAGAGAGCUCGAACUGCGUAAGCAACUCUAUCCCCUCCCGGCUGAACGUAUAACGUGGUUCCAGCGGAGCGACAACCGAUUGAUCCAGGACGUCACGCGAAAGGCGGGACUUGCAGCCGCCACCUGGACCGAGUCGGGCUUGGAGCUUUGUGGCCAGCAAAGUUCCCUGGAAGAUGCCGUGCUGCUUCUGGAUAGCCACAACGAGUACUUCCUCGUUUACAGGGAGAUGGACCGUGAGCAGUUCAUGAUCUCACAGUCCUUCGAGGAACUGGAGCAGGCAAACCGUCCAUCGAGCUUCCGUCCGAAUCCGUGCACGUCGAAGUCUCGUGAGAGGGCGCAGGAUCAGACGAAGGCCGAAGCGCCGCGCCCACGCGGCCGCGGUGGCCGCGGUCGUGGUGCCAGGGUGCGUCCCAUCGGCGCCUAG